AUGGUAAAUGUUGACAUCGAUCCACCAACUUAUCAACAAGCAACAAAAGAAGUUCAACAAAUAAUUGAAACGGAAAACAUUUACCCAGAGCUCAAUGAAAAGGGAAAACAAGAGUCACCAAAAAACUUCUCGAAACUCGAGCGUAAACAUCUCUGCUUGGCCGGAAAACGCGAGCGCAUUGAGGCGAAGCUGGCAUGGAAAAAGCACAAACUCGAGCACAAAUUAAACAAGAUCCAUGAAAUGAAAACUAUUGAACCCUCAAAGAAAAGCAUUCAAAUCGUUGAGGAUGGGAAAGUGAUUCAAGAAUUUGGUGGCGUUGAUUCGUCGGAGAAUCUCCGUCGCGCAAUCUCGAAAGCAAUUCAUCAUUUGGAAAAAUGUCAAAUAAAGGAAAAUCGCAAAAUCGAGAAAUUUGAGGGAAAGCUGAAGAAGAAAAUCGAGAAGAUCGAGAAGAAGAGCGGUGAAAAGUCGGAGAAGCCGCCAAUUCUGCUCUCUGCU